CAUCUGAUUGAAACAUGACUUUUUUGCAUGCCGGCAAAUGGUAUCUCAUGGGAAGCCCUUGUUAUUGUCUUUUUUGUGCGAGUCAGAACGGGUCUUCACCAAAUCUGGUUACUGGUUCGGCAGCGAAUCUAUUUAUUCGCGAAUAUCGGAAUAGGGUGAAAUCUAAGGUCUCGUUCGUCUGCCCACCUACAGGCCUAUCGAUUUCUCUCAGAAUCUCCCUACUACAACUUUACUCUUGGCUCAUUACCAGGUGCUUCAUUGAUUUCUCUCGGCAAAAUGUGGCACUCGGGCAAUACUGUGUCGUUCUCUCAUCCUUCCAACCCGCCGAACGAGCUGCACCUGCACAACUUGCCAUCAGAUACUGUUUUAACAUGUGCUAGCGCUUCCAGUUCAUCACAAGCAACCUGCACCCAACCACUCGCACCUCCUCAAGCUCACUAUUCAUCCAUGCAGCUCCAGGAUGACAUGUUUUCACAGUUCUUCGGAGCCAAACCACACCGAACGAGAGUCCUCGAACGGCAUGUCCCUCCGCCCUACUUGCGCGAAGGGGAGUUUGAGAAACUGCCUGUCCGUACUGCUUAUCCGAGUCCGGAUGCAGACAACAAGCCCAUAAUACUCACUCGCUAUUUGUUUUCCUACGGUUUCUUCUUUCCAAUAUUUUGGAUAGUUGGAAUCGCUAUAAUAUUCUCCCCACUUCGGCCCACUCCUGAAUGGGGGAUGGGAAAGUCGGAAGAGGAGAGACAAAGGCUGCUUGCGGAGAUGCGAGUUUCGGAACUCAAAUGGGCCAAGCGUUGUUUAUAUGCCAUGAUCGCACUUUUGGUUCUCGUUAUUAUUGUGUUGGUGACCACCCUUGUUUUGGUAAGACGGUAAAGAGGCGCUGGCGGUUGCUUUACUCUACCUUCUUUCCAUACAGCUAUUGUGUUCGGCCAACCGGACCUUCAUCUUUUCGUCAGCUAAGUACUAUAGUUGGAUUUUUCUCCUGUAUCAGCAACUCUGGCAUAUCACUUUCAAGCUCAAGCCCUGUUUAUACUUAUAGACGACAUACUUUAGUGUACCACCACAAAAGCCAUUUGUCUCUUUACUGAAUGAAUGUCCUCUGGGUAUCCGAAUAUGCAUUGGGCAGUGUAUGUGAUUACGAACUAACAGUGUGGCACUAACUAGAUCCAGCUCGAGAUAUUGCACCAUCAACCAUGAUACCAAAAGCGAAAGCAGAAGUAGAAUGGUAUGACUCACUGUGGCGAUGUGCCGCUUGGGCUUUCAGCUUACCCUGAGCAGAUCAUGUAUCC